AUGAUAUCGAGCAAACAUCGUAACACUGGCAAUACGGCUACUACCACCACUAUUACUGCUACGCAAACGGUUCAAACCAAUCCCAAAAAAUCAUCAGUCAAAUCAACUCUCUCAAAUACAUUCCAUAAAUGGAAAACAACAUUGAGGAAAAUUACACAUGAAACAUUGAAUUCAUUAGAUGAAUCUAGUUCCAGUGAUGACAAGAUUGACGCACUAUUCCAUGCAAAUGCAGCAUCUAAUACUGAUGAGAAUUUGGCAAAAUUGGAACGGUUAGAGAAAAAAGAAACUGCUCUUCUUACUCAAAAUAAUACUGAGCAACUCAUCACGAAGGAUGAUCAUGAUGCUGUGCAUGCUCCAACUCCCAUAACGAGCAAUACAACCACAACACUACAAGAUGGUGAUGAUGACAAACCAAGCGAAGAAGAAGAAGAAGAAACUUAUGAAACAUAUAAUUCUGAAUUAGAAUGUGCUAAACUUCGAUCCAAAUGCGAAAGUGAAAAUAAACCAUUCAUCGAGGGCCAUUUGAUUUGGGAACAUAGAAGAGAACUUUGGAAUAAACCUCGAAAUGAUAUAAAAAUUGAUCAAGCGGAAAUUGCUUCAAGAAGAAAAGUAUUUCAAUCUAUCCCAGAACAAUAUUAUCCUAGAAUCUAUAAAAAACUAGUUGUUGAUGAUAAGCCAUUACGAGAACCUUUGAAUUUGGAAGACGCUAUGAAAAUUAUAAACGCUGGUUGGCAUGAAACGAAAAAAUGGGCAAAUGCUGCCAAUGGCUUACCGUAG